AUUCGUUGCAGUGUGUUUUUGUGAAUUCUUCAAACCUACCCUUAAUGAUGAAAAAUUUAAAAGCUUUCUUCAUGAUAUCCAAAAUUCAGAACGAUUUGAGAGUGUAUUUUUACUUAAAUCGUUUGACUUUGAUGACAGUUUCAUUCAAAACAUUUGGACUUCCCUUGGAAUUCCAGCUAUUACAGUGGCGUCCGAUAAAAACAUUUCGUUUUCCUUGAAAGAAAAGUUCAAUGAUAAUUUUCUGAUCAUAGUCGAACUUUGUAGCGAUAGCAAUAAAGAUGUUCUUAAGCAACUCAUCAAAUUUAACCAUCAAAUGCGGUAUUGUAAAAUUCUAUUCUUCUUAAGGAUCUCAUCUAAAAACGAUCCAGAACUAAGGGAAGUUUUUGAUUUCUGCUGGCUAAAUGGAAUGGUUAAUGUUAUUGCAGUUUUGAAAACUUUUUCGAGUUCAUCAACUUUUUACAGUUUUACUAAUUUUGGAGUUUUUAAAAUUGAAGAAACAAUAUGGAAAUCACGUGAACUAUUUUCUAUGUUUUACCCAAAUCGCAUGCAAAAUUUAAAUGGCACAACUUUGCCAGUUGUCUUUGGAGAAAAUGGAAAUUUUUUGAUUUUAUUUAAAAACCAAGAAUAUGAAAAUGAAAUCGGAGGUGAACAUUACAAUUUUUUUGCAAGUCUAGCAACAACUCACAGUGCAAUAUUAAAUAAUUCUAAUAUUAAGCUCUCACUUUCAAAAGACAAUGUCCUAAAAUUAAUCAUGAAUAAAACUGAAGAAAUAUCAGCUGUGAACACAUUUAUUCAAUUUCCAAUAGAAUCAUUUUCGUAUCCAUAUGUGUCACAAGAUUUGGGCAUAAUGCUUCCAAUUGAACCAAAAAUUCCCAAAUUCAAAGUAUUCACGAGAGUUAUUCACUGGGAUGUUGCUCUAAUAUUAGUUGCGAUAGUGGUAAUUCUUUCAGCAGCUCUGGAGGCACCUAAAUGUCUGUCGGGACAACGGAGGCCAGUUUUUCUGAAUUUCCUUUUUAAUUUGAACUGCUUUCGUGGAAUACUCGGACAAUCAUUCACCGAAAGACCAUCAUCCAGUUGUAGUCACAAAAUCAUUUACUUGCUGAUAUUUCUACUUGGAAUCAUGUUAGUUACUUCAUACGAUGCAUUUCUUCAGGCUCUCAUGACUGAACCACCGAGGGAAACAUUCAUAGAAUCUUUGCAAGACCUCUCCCGCAAAAAUUUAAAAAUUUACGUUCGUUCAACUGAUGUUGAUUAUAUCCACACUUAUAACCCGGAACUAAAAGAAGCCUAUUCCGAAAUUUUUCUCAUUGCAAAUAACACAGAGACAUUUGAGAGAGAACGAGAUGCGUUCAACACAAAAUACGCUUUCACGGUAUCACCUAUGGCAUGGGAAAAAUAUUUACAUUUGCAACAUAGCAGACAAUUGUUCCGCUUGUCAAAGGAAAUUCGUUUAGUACCUAAAAUUCCAUGGGCUUUUCCUGUUUCUGAAAAUUCAAUAUUCAAAGGUAUAAUUAACUUUCAUAUAAUGAAAGUUUAUUCUGCUGGUCUCAAUGAAUAUUGGCGGAGACAAACAUUUCAACAACUUUUGGAAAGUGGAAGAAUACAAUUGUUAAAAUAUUUCGAAUCAAAACCAAGAUUAAAUGCGAUAAAAGCUAAAGAUUUGAAAUGGAUUUGGAUUGGAAUAGGCGUUGCUUUUGUAGUCUGUUUUUUAUGUUUUAUUGCUGAAUUGUUUGUUUUCAAGUUGAAAAAAUGUGACACACUUUGGACCACUGAAUUAGAUCUUUUAAAACAGCUCCAUCGUCUAACAACAACUAUGCUCCCUCUAUUCGAUUUGUCUGGUAUAGUCAGUUGUGCCGGUCACGUAGUAGUCGUAAUCCAGGAGGAUUACCCACCGAGAACGAGAGCUAUCGGAUGGGGAUCGAGGCCUCCGGGAGUAGAUUGCAACUAA